AUGACGGAAGCAGUGCACCAAGGAGUACCGCUCGUGUGUGUACCACUAUUCGCUGAUCAAAAACACAAUACGCAGAAAGCUGUAAAGCGAAAUAUCGCUGUUCACGUCGACAAGAAUGAUCUGUCAUCGGAUACAUUGAAGCGUGCGCUCGAAAAAGUACUCUAUGACACGACGUACCGCAAAUCGUCAGAGAGCCUACUUGAAAUGAUCCGACAAAAACCUUUUUCUUCACGUGAUCGUCUGUUGAGGCAUGUCGAUUUUGCAUCGAAAUUUGGGCCGAUCGACAGUUUUGACUUGGCUGCCAACAACUUGUCAUUUGCGCAGUAUUAUCUGCUCGAUAUAAUCAUUCCUUUGUUCCUUCUGGUUGCUCUCUUUGUCUCCCUAUCACUUCGACUACUCAUUAAUGUUGUACGCAAAGUACUGGCGCCUUCAAAGGUAAAAAGCGAUUAG